AUGAUGGCCGAGAAGCACCCGUCAGCCCGCGCUACGUUCCUAAUCGCAUUGCCCGAUGAGUUGAUACAGCAAAUUCUCUCAUACCUUUCGGCCUUGGACGUCGUUUCUAUAUCGUCCACGUGUCAAACGCUCUAUCAACAAGCACAGGACGACAAGCUCUGGGAGGGACUCGUAAACGAGAACCUCCCUAAAAGGAUCGACCAUCCCGGACCAUUUGAUUCAUUCCGCAACCUGUAUUCUGCUCACCACCCAUAUUGGUUUCUACCGAAAAACAAGAUCUGGUUUUCGGAUGGCGAAUACACGGGCAGACUGAUUAUUGCGCGUUACGACAACCGCAGGGGCGUUAUCGAGGCCUUUCGGUUAUUGGCGGAGCUAAAGGAAGAGACCUUUACACAAUGGUCAUCAAAUCCGGAAGUCAUCAUCCAAUCCUUUAAUCCACAGCUGAGGCUCUGGAUGGACGAUCCUGUCAUCGAGCUGCGAAAUCCUCAAGGCUUGCUCCCGCGAAAUCGGCAAUACUGUCCGGACCAAUUCAAGAUGACCAUGUCAAGCUAUGGACAAGGUGUUUAUAGCUCUUUUGCAUUGUGUCGUGGCAAUGUUGGCCGAGAUCCAUCACUACCCAGCGAUUUGGUCUGGCCGCCCAUUACGAUUCCUGCCGAAAGGUCGCUACGUAAAAACCAAGAACGUCUCACCGACGAGAACUCCAACACCUUUCUGCAGGCCCAGAGAGAGUCACCAGAUCCAAGGGCACUCUCGGAAACCAGUUUCUAUCUUCGGAAAUGGCUACACUUUGGCCUCGGCCAGCCGAUUGUUCCACACGAUCAGGGGUUUCACUUGUCGAUGUUUGCAACUCUCGACCCUGAGAUAUACACCCCGACAAAGGAAAAGCCCUAUCAAGGAAUUUGGGUAGGCGAUUACAACUUCCACGGCUGCGAAUUUCUUCUUUUCCUGCAGAGAGAUCCUGGCUCAGCGACACCACUAAGCAACUCUGCUAGACGCGAAACACGAUUAAUAUCGAACGGCCUCCACAACCUUUACAACAAUCAAAACAAUGGUGGUGGUGCGCAUGGCGUUGAUGAAUGGGAGCGAGCUAGCCUGCCGGAAACUCAGAUAACUACCCAAGCCGACGGCAGCGAGGACACUGGAGUGAGCGGGCGUUUGGAAGGAAUCAAGCUAACUGGAGACCCCAACAUUCCCCGGGGCGAGAUAUCGUUUGUAGCGGAGGACAUUGGCCCUAGUGGGACGGUUUAUUUCUCACACGAUGAGGAAUUCGGAGGCGCUCGCGUCGUGCGCAGCAAGGGUCACAUUGCGUUUCAGCAAUUCACUGAUGACCAAUGGGUCAACACAGAGUUGAUCCUCAUAUCCCCGGAUUGUGUGGCGCAGUAUUGGAAGCCCAUGCGUCAUGUCUCUUACUUUCGCCGGGUGGACGUCGACCAGUUUGCCCGCGUCUGA